GAGACGACGUAGUGAGUGCGUGUCUUGUUGCGCUUUAUUUUGCCGCUUCGUCGUGAUACCGGGCGAUGCCAAACAACAAAAGCAUUUCGCAUGUGCUCGUGUUUUGAUGAAAUAAAUGGUGUUUAGUGUAUUGUAUUAAAUUUAUACGGUGAUGUUGAGAUAGAGUGGUGGAACAGCGGCGCCAUGGGCAAUUCGUGUAGCUCUGGGCAGGCUCAUAAGGAUAAGGAUAAUGUUUCGCAGCAGUCGGAAGAACCGAAUUGCUGCGCCCGCAGGUCCCCGCCGUACCGCGUCACGAAACCAUCGUUCGACGCGGCGGCGGAACCUGCGCAGGAGUUGCUAGAGCCCGCCCCAUCCUUUAAGGACAAGAAGCCGCAACUUAAAGGGCCUAGAGCACAGAUUGGAUCCAGCGUCUCUGAUUCCAUCUCACUAUCAUCACCGCAAGCGUGUGCGUCACCCCGCGAGGAGGUGGUGGGGGUCGGCCCUCCCAUGCCGGCCAACGUGUCGGCCCUCUCAGAGGAGCACAGGUCGUACCUUUUGGGCAAAAGCAAUGGCCAGCGGGCGAGAAAACGGAGGGCCAUGCUUAUAUAUGUAUGUGCGGCGGACUCGCAAGAUUGCUGUGCAGAAAAGGGUGCAUUACACUGCGGCGUAGCGGCGCGGCUACGCCUGCGCGCACGCAAGCGCGGCUGGCGCGUGCACGUAGCGGAUCUACAUUGGCGUUCACCCCUCGAACAGCAGCGGGACCAUCGCUUCCCCGUGCUUUGUAUAUCAGAGCUUGCGCGUCAAUCAGAACUGGGUGCAGUAGUACCGGUGUUGUUUUUAAACUCAAAUCUCGGCACCCCACUGCUACCUCAUACACUGGAGUGUGCGGAUUUCAAAGCAGCGUUGGAGGCUGCUGAUGAUGAGAACGAUAGGAGCUUAUUGAAUAAAUGGUACACGCUGGACAGCAGCACCACGCCGCCGUGCUACCGGCUGGUGCGCGGCGCGCCCGCCCGCUGGCGCCGCGAGAUGGCGCGCGCGCUCAACGUGCUCGUGCGCACGCUGCCGCAGGAGGCGUGCGACGCCUACCUCACCACCGUGCUCGAGCAGGAAGUACAACACACGGUGCUCAUGAGUUCCGAAACGGCUCGCCGCUGCGUGUGGGUGUGCCGCUCGGGCGUGGCGGACACUCCUCAAGGCUCUGAUGAGCAGUUGAGGGAAUUACAGAGGAGGCUGGCUAACUUGCAGAGGGAUCUGAAGCUGUACCUGAGCGAGCGCAACGUGAUCCGCGCGAGCGUGCGCGGGCGCGCGCACGGCGCCGGCGACGAGGAGUACACGGCCGGCGUGCGCGCCGCGCUCGCCGAGCGGCUCGACGCGCUGCUCGACGCGCUCGCGGCCGACGGCGACGCGCCCGCCGGCUACUGCGGCAUCCCCGCUGGUUUGUUCGAGGAAAUAUCGGAACAUUUGUUAUUCUGCCAGAAGGCUUCACAGUGCACAUCGAACCGAGAAAUCACUUUGAACGAAUUGAAAACCUAUGUACAAAGCGACAGUACAGUGCCGUUAGUGGUUCUGGGAGGUACGGGGUGUGGGAAGGCCACUCUACUAGCAAGAGCGGCUGCGCUUGCGCACACUUGGUUAGAUGAUUUGGCGCUGGUUGUUCGGUUCGUCGGGCUCACAUCGCAGUCUAGCAGUUCCCAUCAGCUGUUGAAGUCUAUAGUUGACCAGCUGCACGUGCUGCACACGGGCACCGUGUAUCGAGGGAAAAAUGAAGCGGGCUCACUAUCGAUAACCCUGCAUCGGCUACUGGACGCGUUGUCCCGCAGCCGGCCCGUGCUGGUGUGCGUGGGCGGGGCCGACGCGCUGCGCGGCGUGCGCUGGCUGCCCGAGCGCCUGCCCAACGGCGUCAAGAUGAUCGUCACGGUCACCGAGGAGAAAGACGAGCCAUCCAGCUCGGCGAUAAUGGCGGUGCUGUCGUCGGAGGACGGGCCGCGGGUGGUGCGCGCGCCGCCGGUGGGCGCGGAGGAGGCGGGCGCGGUGCUGGCCGCGUGCGCCGCCACGUACAGCCGCACGGGCGCCGCCUCGCCGCCCGACGCCGCCGUGCGCGCCGUGCGGAAGUGCACGCUGCCGCUCUACUGCAAGAUCUUAGCAUGGCAGAUAUCGCUAUCGGCCGAAACAUUCACCGAACAGACGGAGCCGGAAACGACGCCUGAGUUGGUUAUAUGCGAUGAGUUAGAAGCUCAGCUGGAGCAGAUACUCAUUGCAACUGAGGCAGCGUUAGGCGCUGAGAAAGUUAAGGCCUGCUUGUCUUUACUCACUGCGUCUAGACGCGGUCUAGAUGAUACCGAAAUACUGGAUAUGCUGGCACAUGAUGACCUGUUUAGAAGCGAAGAGACAUAUUUGCCGUGGGCGCCGGCGGCGCUGCUGUGGCCGCAAGUGAGCGCGCUGCUGGCGCCGUGGCUGCGCUGGGACGCGCGGGGCGCGGCGCGCUGGCGGGACGCCGCGCUCGCCGCCGCCGCCGCCGACCGCUACCUGGCCGACUGCGACGACGCGCGCCGCACGCUCGCCGACUACUACGAGGGAGUUUGGUACAACGACAAUGAUCCCAAAAUGUCAGGACGACUCAUUUCGCAAGAAAACAAAUUCUCCGAUGAAUGCUACAACACGAGAAAGUUAGACGAGCUUCCAUUCCAACACUAUCACUUGCUAAAAGAAGACCCAGAAGCGUUCGCCAAUAAGCCAUACUUCACAAAACUUGACUGGGUCCACGACAAACUGGCUGCAACGGACUGCGGACAUUUUUUAGAAGACAUAGGCCUCGUACAUAUCGACCCCUUGCCAGAGCACAUUGAAAUACUCAAAGAGGUCUUCGAGACUCACUCGUACGCGCUGGACUAUGACCACAGACAAUUCUACGGACUCCUCAGAGCUACCAUAGAGAGGCGUCAACGGGAGGGCAUAGACAUCCACAGUGAUAUAGUCCGAGAAUGGAUGAGACAAAUCUUCGACCCACCCGUGCCUACAUUUUAUCCCAUGAACGAGGACUUCUGGAAAGUUAUGGAAAAUAGGGAGAAACGCGAUUUCUCUAUGGUCGAAGGUUUUGAUACUAAGCCGUAUGAUUUGAUCGUUAGAUUUGAUACUAGGGGCAAAUUUAUUGCUACUGUCUCGACGGAGAGAGAAGAAAUUUGCGUUUGGGAUGUUACAAGAUGUAAGUUAGUGCGAAAGAUAGUAGGAGUAACGCAUCCUAUAAACUUAGUGCCAAUAGACGAGUACAGGUGUGUCGUGCUGUGCAGACGCGAGCUGAGAGUCUAUGAUCUAGACCAGGGUAAAUUCGUAGUAGCAUUGAAGGGUGUGAUGAACCAAAAAAUGCCCUACUACGGUCUGCACGACUCCAAGCAUUUAGUCGCUCUGUCUAGGAAUAGGAUGUAUGUGAAUCUUAUGAACAUUGAAACAGGUGAUUGUGUGACGACGUUCAAAGCGGGUGAAGAUAGAUUUUUAAAUUCGUUGUUGGUAUCGGGAGAUGGAAGAGUAUUGGUGUGUGGAGAUGAAACUCAGAAGCCAUUCCCAUUGUUAGUAUGGUCACUAACAUCUCGGAAACUAUUAUACGAUCUAAGGAUACCGCAUCAUGAUUUCGUUACCUCUAAAGCGGCUAUUACGUAUGAAGGUUCAUACGUAUGCGUGGUAUCCCGUGAGCUAGACGAGCCAAGUCCGAACUUCAUAGUGGUGUACGACCUACAAUCCGGGACCUUGUUCAAGAAGUGGAAACCAGGAUGUGAUACUGUGGCGUUGGCUAUCAGUUCCGUGGACGGGUGUGUGGUGUCGUCGCUCGCUGAUACCAGGAUAUUGGUGUGGGAUUUGGUGACGGGCAAUUGCCGGCUAUCGCUGAGCGGGCACGUGUCGGCGGCCACGCAGCUGCGGCUGGGCCGCUCGGGCGCGCUGCUGCUCUCCGCCGACCUGUCCGCCACCGACCUGUCCGUGCGCCUGUGGGACCUCGCCGCCGGCAAACUCAUAGCCGUGUACACGCCGCCCGAGCGCAUAACAUCCUGCGAGAUCCUGCUCGGCGGUUCCGUUCUCGCGUUGGCCAUGGAGAACUACAAAGAGAUAGUCUGCGUCAAACUCUACGGUCCCGGUGUGGACUCGGUCAAGCACGGCCGCGACCUGGAGUACGACGACGAGGGCUACGGCCGCGCGGAGUUCGAAGGGAAGACCUUCGAGGUCAAGGAGUCGACAUGAUCGCUGGCGAUCGACUCACGACACUUAGCAAUAAUCUGUGGCUGUUGAACGUGUGGAAUUGAGGGUGUGUUGAUUGGUGUGGGUUUUUUAUGGUUUUAUCAAGUGAUUUUUUUUUAAACUAAAUAUAUGUAUAUUUUUUUUAACCCAAGGGAAUUGUCAAAAAUUUGGAGAAACCCAACACCCAAUUUUUUUCUCAUAUGUCGCAUGUUAAUAAUGGUUAAAGUCAAAAAAUACUAUUGCAAAUAAUAACACAAGCAGAAAGAUAAAUAGCAAUAUUUUACAGCAAUUUGAAUGUAUUAUACAUUUAAUGGUUUCUCUUGAACCAUCGCAUUAAAAAAACCGUAUCAAAAUCCAUUGCGUAGUUUUAAAAAUCUAAGCAUACAUAGACGGGCAAAGAGCGGAAGCGAUUUGUUUCUUCUAUGUUGUGAUGAUUAAAAUGAAAUGAAUGAAUGAAAUUAAAUAUCCUUUAUUUGCAUACAUGAAACAAUAAAAUAAGAAAAAAAUAGAAUAUGACUUGCAAAGAAGGCUUUAUUGCUCAAUAGCAUUUUUAAAAAAUCAAGAAGACAGUGUACACAAUAAGAAGAGAAAAGACAUAAUAAUGAUUAUGAGAUGAAUUUUGAUUUUAAUGCGAAAAUGAUUCUAACUCGUGUUGUAACACAAACGUUAUUGUUAAUUAUUUUAUUUUAUUGGUCUUUUAUAGUCGAGUUCAUAGGAUUUUAUUCAGUUAUAUUUCAAUUUACAGUUAUAUUGUACAAUUGUGUUUUAUUGUUGAAUUCUUAUUUAUUAUAUUAAUAAGAAAAAAACACUUGAAAAUCUCACAUUUUCCACACAGCCUCAAUUCGCCAAUCAAUGGUUGAAAUGCAUUUUAUAUUUCAUUUGUGUAUUGGGUGCAGGUCACUGAUGUUAUUUGAAUUUGUAUAAUUGUGGCACAAACAACAACGUAUAAAGGAACAUUGUAAAUUCUACAUUCAUAAGAGUUUAUUUUAUUUGCAUAUUAUUUAUUGAUAAUUUUUUGUGUACCAAAAUAUAUCAAUAUAAAAAUAUUGUCACAAAUACUGGAGAUACCUAUUCAUAUGUAUAUGAAAAAAUAAUGUUACAGUGUCUUAUCUUUGAAAUCGCGGAAAAUUUUAUUAUCUUUUUAAAUUUCAAUCGUAUUUAUGCCGAAGCUAUUAAAAGUGAUGCUCGGAAUAUUAUUCUAAAGGUUACACUGAUGUUAUGGUAAUGAAACCCUUCAUGUCGAAGAUAAGUUGUUAUUAACUUAAAAAAAAACUAAAAGUGUAAUAUCCUUUAAAUAUCGGUAUAUGGGUGAAAUGUCACUUUGACACUACCAUCUUCAACGUAACUCCUCCCAUUUCCCAGCCAUUAAAAACAAAUUCUUUAUUCUGUUAAUCGUAUCAUUCUAAUUGAUUUAUUUUCUGUGAAUAUAAUUCUUUAAUAAAAAUUAAAAAGGCGACGUUAAGCAAACAUACUCUUACGUAUUGAGAGAGGAUUAUUUGUUGUUUUAAUAAAACUUUACAAUAUUUCUUCAUACGUUACGAAUAAAUAUACCGAAGUACAACUUACACAAACAUAAAUAUAUCCGCACAACCUCUAGUCAGCCAUUUGUGUUUCAAAAUUCUGUCGUAAAAAGAAAAAAAAUUGGGCAUUGCCACGGUUCACCGAAAUGCCGCGGUUUUGAAUUCCGCCUCUUGAUUUUUUUUUAUUCUUUCAGAAUAUCUCAUUGAUAAAGCAAAUCAAUGUUAUAAAAAUUUAAGAUAAGUACAUAACAAUUUCAAAUUCACGAUUUUUGGUAUCUUCAUUUUGAGGAUCUCGGUCUGUAUUGACGACAUUCUAUUAUGUUGAUAAAUCGAGUUAAAAAUAUCAAAUAUAUUUUUUAAGUAAUUUGGUAAGAAUAUAAUAAUCAUAUUUAUGGAAUGAUUAUUCUUAUAAUUUUUAUGGAUACUAGUUUAACAAGUAUGUUAUGAUUAUCUAUGUAUUAAAAUAGAUAUUACAACUACGUAUGUCUAUAUCUACUUUACUUUAUAACCACAGGUCAAACGUACCAAAUUAUUAUAUCUUUUUCUAUGAUCUAUGAAUUACUUAUAAAAGUGAGCUUUUUACGACAGAAUUUAACAAAGAACUUUUUAUUAUGUUUAAAAAUUCGAAAUGCCAUAAAUAGUUUUAAAUGUUUGCUCAAUUAAGUUUCAAGUGACGCAGGUUCGUUUAGCUAUUUUAUUAUACAUAAUAGAUAUUUAAAGUUAUUUUUUACAUAACGCAUCAAGUAUGCGAAGAAAGUUUGAAAAAUAAUUUACUAUUGUGUUUGUGACCUCCAUGUUGUUUUAUUCACUACAGCGUUUAUACUGCCACGUUUUCCUUACGAAUAAGAAAAAAAAUUGCCCAAAAAAAAAAUGGAACUUAAUGUUUGAUCUAUUACGCUUAUUAAUUACAUUAAUAUAGUAAUAAUUAUAAUAAAAACCUCUAUUUGUAAUGUUAAUGUUUAGGUGUAACUGUUAUAUUAGACAUUUUUCGGUGUUUUAACAUGUUUUGUGCACAUUGACAUGUUGUGUGAAAACUUUGAGAUCCAUUGAUAACUAUAUUUGAAGGUGGCAACACUGAAUGAUUUGGAAUAAAAAAUGUGUGUCGUUAGCGGAUCGCACAACUGUUUUACGAAUAAUUUACAUUAUAACUUUAAAUCAAUAAGAUGUUAUUGUUCAACGACAUCGCAAUAAGCAAAUUGUAAAAAAAAGGCGGGAAAAGUCACUAUUUUACAGACAUAUUUUAUUUUAUCGAUCAAUGGAUCUCAAACUCUUUACUAACAAGGUUCCCAAGGUUUUUAUUGUUACUUUGUUUUAAAAUAAAACAAUUAGUGCACAAAAGAAAGACAGAAGAUUCUUAAAUUAAAAGAUACAUCACAUGCUUUUUGUUACAUGCGUUUUUCGCGUUCGAGUCCUACUACAUUAAUAUAGUGUUAAAACUAUCUUACGAUUUGAAUAAUAACUGUAACUUAUUUCUAGAGUGCCCUAAUUCUUCUUCAAUACCUACGAAAAACUCAAAUAAUUACAACAUCCCAUAGGUUUUAUGAAAAUAACAUUGGAGUAAUGUCGAAGUAAAAAAUUGGAUGACUUGAAUCUACGUAGAGUUUUUAUUCAAUAUAAAUUUGAAAAAAUUCUAAGUUUGACCAUUGUGACCAUCACCAUGGUGCGGAGAAUAAAGCAGAUUCAAA